AUGGACUCACAAGAAUCGGUGACCUUUGAGGAUGUAGCUGUAGACUUCACUCAGGAAGAGUGGACCCUGCUGGACAGGUCCCAGAGAAAACUCUUCAGAGAUGUGAUGCUGGAGAACAUCAGUCACCUGGUCUCAAUUGGCAGACAACUCUACAAAUCAGAUACAAUUUCCCACUUGGAACCAGGAGAGCACCUUUCAAAAGAAGGGAGAGGUUUGCUGCAAUGCCGGAGCCCCAUCAUUUCAGAUAGGGAAGAUGAUCUUAAAAAACAAGAAAUGAUAUUCAUGCAACAUAUCUGCAAGAAGGACACAACAUUAAUCAGUGCAAUGCAGAGAUCUCACACUCAAGAGGAUCCUUUUGAAUACAAUGAUUUUGGAGAAAAUUUUACUGAAAUACUAACAUGGACUCAAUAUGUGGUACCUAAAAUGGCAAAGAAUUCCUAUAUCAGCAAAGAAUGUGGAAAAGACAGCAGUUAUUUGACAUCUUUUAAUACACAUAAGCAGAGUCACACUACAAGUAAAUCAUACGAAUGUCAUCAACGUGGGAAUGCCUUUAUUCAAAGCUCUGCCCGUAGACAAACCAAUAAUACUCAAAAUGGAGAGAAAACAUUUGAAUGUCAUGAAUGUGGGAAAGCCUUUGGAAAAAGUUCCAACCUUAGGCGACAUGAGAUGAUUCACACUGGAGUGAAACCACAUGGAUGCCAUCUGUGUGGGAAAGCCUUCACUCAUUGCUCUGACCUUAGGAAGCAUGAGAGAACGCACACGGGAGAGAAAUCAUAUGGAUGCCAUCUAUGUGGGAAAGCCUUCAGUAAGAGUUAUAACCUUAGGCGACACGAGAUGAUUCACACCAGGAAAAAACCCCAUGGAUGCCAUCUGUGUGGGAAAGCCUUCACCCACUGUUCUGACCUUAACAAACAUGAAAGAACUCACUUUGGAGAGAAACCAUAUGGGUGCCAUCUAUGCGGGAAGACAUUCAGUAAAACUUCUUACCUUAGACAACAUGAGCGAACUCAUAAUGGAGAGAAACCAUAUGAGUGUCAUCUGUGUGGGAAGGCGUUCACUCACUGUUCUCACCUCAGAAAACAUGAGAGAACUCACACUGGAGAGAAACCAUACGAAUGUCAUCUGUGUGGGAAAGCUUUCACUGAAUCUUCUGUCCUUAGACGACACGAGAGAACCCACACUGGAGAGAAACCGUAUGAAUGUCAUCUCUGUUGGAAAGCCUUUACUGAUUCUUCUGUCCUUAAACGACAUGAGAGAACUCACACUGGAGAGAAACCGUAUGAAUGUCACCUAUGUGGGAAAGCUUUCAAUCACUCUUCUGUCCUUAGACGACAUGAGAGAACUCAUACCGGUGAGAAACCAUAUGAAUGCAAUGUAUGUGGCAAAGCCUUCAAUAGAAGCUAUAACUUUAGAUUGCAUAAGAGAAUCCACACUGGAGAGAAACCAUAUAAAUGUUUUGUAUGCGGGAAAGCCUUCAGUAAAUAUUUUAACCUUAGACAACACGAGAAAAUACAUGUUAAGAAACACCAUAUUUAUAAUCAGUGUGGGAGAGCAUUUAUUCAUCCUUAUUACUUCACUCAACUGAAGGUAAUCCAAAGUGGAGAGAAUCCGUAUGUGGGUCAUCUAUACGACAAAACCUUUAGAUAA